AUGGGACACAACAAAGCAGUGAAUUUGAAGGUUAGAGUGGAUAUCUACAAAUACAGUGACCAAUUGCACGUCUAUAGGUUGCGCCGCCAGGACAAAACCACGACAACUCGAUAUAUUUUUCACAAUGUGUCCAUGGAAGAUGCCAUUGUUGGCAUGCGCGGCUUCUCUACCAUCAUUAUCGCCUCAAUGACUCAGUUCUCCAGAGUGCUUCUAUUUCCAAACUCCGCCAAGGCGAUUAAGGCCGAGCACGGGUCCACCAAGGUGAAGACAUGGCCUCUCAGCCAGGCUCUUGCUCAGGGUGCUCUUCACAAAGAAGAUACAGAGUUUGAAUUACAGCCCAGCCUCAGGUCCAAGGAUUUCCAGUUCGUGGAGACAAUUGAGCGCGAAAACACCAGCAUGGAUGAGCUCGUCGGGAUGUUUACCCUGCAGUUGUACAGAGAACCGUCCGUCUUCAAGGGAACCAUUUACAAGAUGGAGUGGAGCCCUAAGCUGACGCUUUUCUUCAUCAACUUGCCUGCAACCAUGGAGUUCAUGCUGUUCUUCCUCAAUCGGACGGAUACGACCGUCAACGUACACUACGGCGCACCUUUCGACCUCGCUCCACGCCGGUUGCAUGCUGCCAGUCUGCAUGUCCUGCAAACCAAAUCUCUCAAGGAUAUGCGUGUGGAUGGCAGAAGUAAAAAGAGAAAACAUUUUCCACCGGCCACCGCCGUUGAUACUAUCGAGUAUACCAAACAGUCCUUUAACAAGGUUUUUGUUACGCGCGAAAUUGCUGUCAAAGUCUUAAGGCAGUGCGCGGCCGGCGAGGACAGCAGCAGCAUGAGGCUGACACCGGCUAUGGCAUCCUUUGUCUUCAGCCAAAUCCUUCGCCCAGCACAAUAG